UUAAAAAAAAACUAAUUAAAUUAAAACAGUAACACGCGUGAGCAUAACUCUAAGCAUAACUAACCCUAAAAAUCCUUUCUUUCACCGCCGGCCUAACACCAGCCCCUUCACCACGGUCACGGUGGUUCUGAUCGGAGCUCAGUCCCCUCCUCUCCCAAGUCGCAGACUGGUGGUGUGGUCUUGAAAUCAAAUGGCUUUGGCAAACUUGGCCAGAAGAAAGGGUUACCUUCUUUCUAGAACCUUUUCCAACCAGACCUCUGAAGCUCUCAGGUACUCGCUUUCUCUUACCUCCUUCUCCAGGGGUUUUGCCUCUUCGGGAUCUGAUGAGAGCGAUGUAGUGGUCAUUGGUGGUGGUCCUGGCGGCUACGUGGCUGCAAUCAAGGCCGCUCAGCUUGGACUCAAGACCACCUGCAUCGAGAAGCGUGGGACUCUUGGAGGUACUUGCCUUAACGUUGGCUGCAUACCCUCUAAGGCACUUCUUCAUUCCUCCCAUAUGUACCAUGAAGCUAUGCAUUCUUUUGCUAACCAUGGAGUGAAGUUUGCAUCUGUUGAAGUUGAUUUACCUGCCAUGAUGGGUCAGAAGGAUAAAGCUGUUUCUAACCUCACCCGAGGUAUUGAAGGCUUAUUCAAGAAGAAUAAGGUGACCUAUGUCAAGGGGUAUGGUAAAUUCAUCUCCCCCUCGGAAGUUUCUGUUGACACUAUAGAUGGUGGGAAUACCAUUGUCAAAGGAAAGAAUAUUAUCGUUGCUACUGGUUCUGAUGUAAAAUCUUUACCUGGCAUUACUAUUGAUGAGGAGAGAAUUGUCUCAUCAACUGGAGCUUUGGCUUUGAAAGAAAUCCCCAAAAAACUCGUUGUCAUUGGAGCUGGAUACAUUGGCCUGGAGAUGGGUUCUGUAUGGGGCCGUCUUGGCUCUGAGAUAACUGUUGUUGAGUUUGCCUCAGAGAUUGUCCCCUCCAUGGAUGGAGAAAUUCGCAAACAAUUUCAGCGUUCGCUUGAGAAGCAAGGGAUGAAAUUUAAGCUUAACACCAAGGUUGUUGGAGUUGACACUUCUAGUAGUGGUGUGAAGCUGACACUCGAACCAGCAGCUGGGGGUGACCAGACCACUCUUGAUGCCGAUGUUGUUCUUGUAUCCGCCGGCAGAUCCCCAUUCACAUCUGGACUUGGUCUGGACAAGAUUGGAGUUGAAACUGACAAGGGAGGGAGAAUUCUAGUCAAUGAGAGAUUUGCAACAAAUGUGCCUGGUGUUUUUGCUAUUGGGGAUGUCAUUCCCGGGCCAAUGUUAGCCCACAAGGCAGAGGAGGAUGGAGUUGCUUGUGUAGAGUUCAUUGCUGGCAAGGUUGGUCAUGUGGACUACGACAAGGUCCCUGGUGUCGUUUACACUCACCCUGAGGUUGCAUCGGUGGGAAAGACCGAGGAGCAGGUGAAGGCACUUGGUGUUGAAUACCGUGUUGGAAAAUUCCCUUUCCUAGCUAAUAGCAGAGCCAAAGCAAUUGAUGAUGCUGAAGGACUUGUCAAGGUUUUGGCCGAGAAGGAAACUGACAAGAUUUUGGGAGUUCACAUUAUGGCCCCAAAUGCUGGAGAGCUCAUUCAUGAAGCGGCAAUAGCAUUGCAGUACGAUGCAUCUAGUGAAGACAUUGCUCGGGUGUGCCAUGCGCAUCCAACGAUGAGCGAGGCAUUGAAGGAGGCUGCCAUGGCUACCUAUGACAAACCCAUUCACAUGUAGAUCUUACAGAACUCAAUUACUUCUUUAUUCUUGUGAUUUUUGGAAAUGACUUGCCAAGACUUUCCACCACCAAGUUUCUUUCUCCUGUUAUUAUAUAGCUGCCAGAUCAAGUUCAAGUGCUUGAAUACAAAUUUGUUUUGUUAAUUUUCUCUUCGGCCAUGAUGAUCAGAUAACUUGGUAUGCUGUUUUUCAUCAAAGUGUUAAUAACUUGGUAUGUUGAGCUCUACUAAUUGGUCUGUGUAAGGUUUAUUAUAUUGGUUCAUCUACAAUAUAUUUCUUAUAUUGAAUAAUACUUUUUUUA